GGCCCCUUAACUGGCACAGAAAUUACAAAGCUCUUCGUCGUCGAGUCUAAACGGGAAAAAAAGAGGAAAAUUACAACAAAAUUUAUUGCUAAUAACAGUAAAAACAAUACCAACGACAACAACAAAUUCAGGGGAUUUGAACAAAACAAAAAAGAACCUAUGAAAACCGUAUCAAAGGUAGAAAAAACGACAAAAGAAGAACAUAGUAAAAAAAUCCCCUCUCCUUUUCCAACUGGAAUUGUUGGUCAUUGGUAGUAUUAGUGUGUGUGUGUCUCUCAGUGGUUGUAAUGUUGCAAUAACUUGAAGUUCUGGAAAAAAUAUAUAAAAACUUCUUUGUGUAAAACAUUUAAAACUGUUAAAUUAUUUAGCAGCAGACAAAACUUUGCAGUGCGUAUUGCAAAAAGUGACAAAACCAAGCAACUACAUGCACAAUUCAUCCCUCGUUUGGUGGUGCAUUGUACUCUCCUACUAGAAAGAAUAAAAAGGGAAAACAAGUUGAUAGCAGCGUACGCCUCCACCCCGUAGAUUUCGUGUGCCUCUGCUGCUGCAUCCAUACAAAUCGCACAACCACCCUGAUCUUUAAGCCAAAAGUCAACAGCAACAACAAAGUAAGCAGAGCAAUUUUUGCCCCCAGCCUACUACCAUCGUCCUUUUCAUAGCACUGGCUAGGUGGUGCAACGGAGAGUGGAGUUUGUAUUAAAGCGGAGAAGCAAAAUAGUUGAUGGAUCAACCAACAUAAAAGGCCAACCAAAACAACAACAACCAUUAUUUUAUCCAUCAUCCACCACAAAUUCCAUACUCGGUGGAGUUUUGUUUUUCCAGUAGAAACCGACCAUAUGAAAAAGAACAACAAUAAUCAGCUGUAGUAACACCUUCCUCGGACAGAGUCAGUCGUUCGGUUGGUAGUACGUUACGUUCGUUUUACUACUAUCCUGGCUGGUGGUGUUUAUUUGUACUUUUUCUUUCGUUUCGUAUUAAUUUUAUGCCAGCCUGUUUUUACAUCCCUCGUCUGAUUGUGUGUUCCACCACGACGACGUUACGUUCCCUGUGUUCCAUCGUUGAUGUUGUUUGUGUUUUGUUGUAAAAGGCAAAGGCAGGCAGUCAGUUAGCAGCCUGUAAUCAUUGUCUGUGGAGAACAACAUCAGCUCCCCUACGUAUUUUGUUCGUUCGUUUUGGUUUAUUACACACAUCCACUUUGCAUCGCAAGGGGUCAUUUUGUAAGCGCACCACCAUCAUCACCACCACCACGAGCAGCAACAACAAUACAAAGCAAUCACACAGAGUCAGCCAGUGAAACAGUUGAGUGUGUGUGCGGCACGGGUUUGUUCACAUUGUCUGUCGGCGGCGGCGGUUCGGUUCUCUGCUCUUCUUUUUCGAUUGUAUUCUAUGCAAGAGUUUGCUUCAUUUGGUGCGGAGUGUUAACAACGAUCAACAUUUUUAUUUUGAAACAAGAAAAUUAAUCGGAAAAAAGUCUGGUGCUCUUUCGAUCGACAUUUUCCAAUUUUUUUUACCACACAAAAGUAAUUUUAAAAAGGAAUACAUCAAGGAAUUGCUGUCAUAAAGGAAUAACAAAAAUAUAAAACACUAUACAAUUAAAGAAACAUGUCAGCCGACUCGGAUAUGGAAUAUUCUGAUAAUGAUUGCGAAUAUGAUGAUUAUUAUAAUUCAGGUGAAGACUGCGAUGUUGAACAUUUAGAUCCCAAGAAAACCGAUCCCGAAUAUUUCGAAUACGAAUGUCUGACUGUUGAAGAAGUCGAAAAGCUACUCAAUGAAUCUGUCGAAAAACUAAAUACAAUCCUACAAAUAACGCCGUCAUUGGCCAAGGUGCUGCUAUUGGAACAUCAAUGGAUAAAUCAGGUGGUAGUUGAUAAAUAUCGACAAAAUGCAAAUUCGUUGCUGGUGGAGACGCGUAUAAAGCCUGCUUGCAAUAAUACAGAUCCCUCACUGGAAGUAGAAAAUGUGGCGGCCACGACAAGUGCUGCGGCGGCGGCAGCAGCAACAGAAUCUUCCUCGACAUCAUCGCCCACAACAACAACAACGACAGUCGUUGUUACACCACAAUCUCUGGGUACCCUAAGCACCUAUAGCAAAUCUCCAACUACCACACCCACAACCAGUAACAGCAGUAGCAGUUUAUCACGUAGUCAAAUGAUGUGUCCCGUAUGUGCAACAGUUCAGCAGGGCGAUAAAUUCUAUAGUCUGUCCUGUGGCCAUUCAUUCUGCAAAGAUUGUUGGUCCAUGUAUUUCGAAACACAAAUAUUCUUAGGAAUUUCCACUCAAAUCGGUUGUAUGGCUCAAAUGUGCAAUGUUCGUGUUCCUGAAGACUUGGUGCUCACCCUGGUAACACGUGCUGUGAUGCGUGAAAAAUACCAACAAUUCGCUUUCAAAGACUAUGUCAAGUCACAUCCGGAAUUGCGUUUCUGUCCCGGUCCCAAUUGUCAAAUCAUUGUACGCUCCCGGGAAAUUGCCGCCAAGCGAGCAGUGUGCACCGCAUGCGGUACAUCGUUCUGUUUCAAAUGUGGCAUGGAUUAUCAUGCGCCCACAGAUUGUCAAGUCAUCCGGAAAUGGCUUACGAAAUGUGCCGACGACAGUGAAACGGCUAAUUACAUCAGUGCCAAUACCAAAGACUGCCCCAAGUGUCACAUUUGCAUCGAGAAGAACGGUGGCUGCAAUCACAUGCAGUGCUUCAAUUGCAAAUAUGAUUUCUGUUGGAUGUGUUUGGGCGACUGGAAGACACACGGUUCGGAAUACUAUGAAUGCUCACGCUAUAAGGAUAAUCCCAAUAUAGCCAAUGAAUCGGUACAUGUGCAAGCCAGAGAAGCCUUAAAGAAAUACCUCCAUUACUAUGAACGUUGGGAGAAUCACUCGAAAUCGAUGCAAUUGGAACAGCAGACAUUGGACCGUUUACGUCAACGCAUCAAUGAGAAAGUGAUGAAGGGUCGUGGUACCUGGAUUGAUUGGCAAUAUUUGUUUAAUGCUGCUGCAUUAUUGGCUAAGUGUCGUUAUACAUUGCAGUAUACUUAUCCAUAUGCCUAUUUUAUGGAAAGUGGUUCCCGCAAGGAUCUUUUCGAAUAUCAACAGGCUCAACUUGAGGCUGAAAUUGAAAACCUCUCAUGGAAAAUCGAACGUGCCGAAACCACAGAUUUGGGUGAUUUGGAAAAUCAAAUGGACAUUGCUGAAAAACGGCGCACUACAUUGCUCAAAGACUUCUUCCCCGUUGAAGCCUAAACUUCCAAUUCUAUACAAA